AUGGAGCGGAAAACCGUUGUCAUCCUGGGAGCAGGCUGGGCGGGGUUGAGCUUGGCUCACCAGCUCCUCCAAAACGUUGCACCAAAGGUGCCGGGGACAAAGGUGAUCCUCGUGUCUCCGAAUAGCCACUUCUUCUGGAACAUUGCUGCUCCUCGGGCUGUUAUAUCGGGCGAAAUCAGCGACACCCAUCUCUUCUCGCCCAUUCUUCCAGCAUUCGACCAUUACCAACACCACGAACAAUUCGAAUUUAUUCUGGGCGCCGCGAGGUCAAUCGGGCACGCUAGCAACACCGUGCAAAUCCAGCUCAAUCAGAAACAGGGCGAUGUGCUAACGCGGGUCGAUACUCUUCGGGAGGUGGUCUAUGACCAUCUCAUAAUCGCAACUGGUUCUCGCAUCGUCAGUAAUUUACCGUUCAAGUCAGUUGGGUCAUACGAGGAUCAUUUGGAAGCCUGGCAUGGACUGCAAGCGAAGAUUGAUGCUGCGGGCACGAUUGUCAUCGCUGGAGGGGGCCCGACUGGUGUCGAGGUGGCUGGGGAGUUGGCAUCCAGAUUCGGCCGCACCAAGGAGAUAACCCUAGUGGAAAACAGCGAAUCUCUAUUGUAUGGCCGGCUUCCAUCGGUAUCCCAAACCGCAGAGCGGGAUUUAGAGAAACUCGGCGUGCGGAUGAUCUACAAGAAUCGAGCGACACAGUCGGCGGACGAUGACAGUCACACAAUCCAUCUAUCCAAGGGUGGGACGCUGACCGCGGACCUGUUCCUUCCACUGUACGGAGUGGUGGUGAAUAAUGCGUUUAUUCCAGAUGAGCUCAUGGAUUGGGAGGGAAAUCUCAAACUCGAUUCAACACUCCGUGUUGUAGGCACGACAAACAUCUGGGGAGUGGGAGACGUUGGAAACGUUGAGCCAAAGCAACUCAGCAGUGUCCUAUCCCAAGUCGGGUUCUUAAGCGGAGUGCUUGAGAGCGUUUUGGUAGAAGGAAAGCCUGUGGAAGAGAUAUCCAAGGUAUAUACGCCUGUCAGCAGGUCUCCUCUUUUCAUAGCACUUGGGCGGCAUCUAGCCACGGGCCAAUUCGGAAGCUGGAAAAUUUUUGGAUUCAUUGUAAGCUUUCUCAAAGGCCGGAAGCUCUAUCUCAACAACGCAUCUGGCUUUAUCGGUGGGAAGACACGACAACCUUUCUUCUAA